UCUGUUAUCGUCUUGAGCGCUUCGGUUGUGUGCUUUUUAUCAUACGCCGCGUUGUCCGUUGGAUACACUGUCUAAAGGAAUAACUCUGACCAACUAAUCAUUUCAUUCUAACCAAGAUGAUGAUGCUACACCCCACACCCGACCAGCGCGUGAGCAUCCGCGAGGAGCUCCGUGAGCCGGAGGAUCCCGCAGACAUUGAGCGCGACAUCAAGCUGAUCCGCGAGUGGCUGGAGACGCAGCCCCACCUGCCCAAGGACAUGGACGACAUGCGGCUCACGACCUUUCUGCGCGGCUGCAAGUUCAGCCUGGAGAAGGUGAAGAAGAAGCUGGACAUGUACUACACCAUGCGCAAUGCGGUGCCAGAGUUCUUCUCCAACCGGGAUAUCAAUCGGGAAGAACUUAACAUUGUACUGGACUAUGUGCACUGCCCCACUCUACCAGGGAUUACGCCCAAUGGACGCCGCAUCACGUUCAUCCGGGGCAUCGAUUGCGACUUCCAGCCCCACCACAUCCUGGACGCCAUGAAGGUGGCCCUGAUGAUCGGAGAUGUGCGCCUGGCAGAGGAGAGCGUUGGCAUCGCCGGCGACAUCUUCAUCCUGGACGCGUCGGUGGCCAGCGCCGCCCACUUCGCCAAGUUCUCGCCCACCGUGGUGAAGAAGUUCUUGAUCGCCGUGCAAGAGGCGUAUCCGGUGAAGGUGAAGGAGGUGCACGUGAUCAACAUCUCUCCGCUAGUGGACACCAUCUUCAACUUUGUUAAGCCUUUCGUGAAGGAGAAGAUCCGUAGCCGCAUCACCUUCCACAACGACGUGGAGAGCCUCUACAAGGUGGUACCCCGCGACCUCCUGCCCAACGAGUACGGUGGCAAGGCCGGCGGCGUCGUAGAGCUUAACCAGUGGUGGAAGCAGAAACUGGUCGACAACACCCAAUGGUUCAAGGACCAGGAGGACAAGAAGGCCAACGAGUCCCUGCGCCCCGGAGCACCCAAGACGAGCGACGACCUCUUCGGCAUGGAAGGCACCUUCCGUCAGCUUAACAUCGACUAGGUCCCAAGGAUCCUUCAGGAUUCACAAUCCAGGUCCUGCGACCGUAACCCAGCUUGUCUAACCGUUAAUAUCAGCCGCUCAUUUGAUUAGUUCAAGCUCGUGUGCAUGACCCUUGCUUAGUUGCUUCAUUCUUUCGCCACAAUCCAUUGUUUAUCUAUCUAAUAUCAUCAGUACAUUGCAGUAAUUACAAUAAUAAAGAACCAGCAUUUUAAGGAAUGAAUAAA